GUGCGCGUUUCCGCGUGCACGCGUCUAGGCACAGGGGGGGUGCGCGCUCCCGUGCUCAUGGCCAUUGAAAACAAAGCUAACUGCGUGGUUUCUAUUAUAACCGAGGAGAGGUUCAUCGAGAGCUGCUUAGACAAGGGCAGAGAAAAGGAGGAUAAUUAUGGAUAUAGAACGAUAUUAGGUGCCGUCGAGACCCGGUGGCAGCACGGAGGACAUUGGUACCGCAAGACACCCCCAGAAUCGGAGGAAUUUUUGAGUUUCUCUGCGCCCCGCUGGAGCGCUUUGUUACAUUAGCUGGCUAGCUAACCGGACAUCGCUGCCAUUCCUCCGGCGCACGCAAGGCCGCCUAUGCGACGCCCGUGAGCCGGGGCGAGCCACCAAACUGCCAUGUCGCCGUCGAACGGCGCCCGCUGAGUAGCCGACGCCUCACACCGAACCGGAGUUUCCCCUCCGCCGUCCGGGAAGCGGGGGGAGCCGGAGCACAGCGCCGAGGCCGUGUGGAAGCCCAGCUGCACGGCGACAUGGCGGAACAGAGCUACUCGUCGUGGGCGUACUCGCUCGUCGACUCCAGCCAAGUUUCCACCUUCCUCAUCUCCAUCCUCCUCAUCGUCUACGGCAGCUUCAGGUCGUUAAACAUGGAUUGUGAAAACCAGGAGAAGGAUAAAGACGGGGGGUCUGCAGCUGGGGGCUUCAGCACCACAGGCGGCAACAACAACAGCAACAGUAUUCAGACCAUCGACUCCACGCAGGCCCUCUUCCUGCCCAUCGGUGCCUCUGUCUCCCUGCUCGUCAUGUUCUUCUUCUUCGACUCUGUCCAGGUGGUCUUCACCAUCUGCACCGCAGUUUUGGCGACGAUAGCAUUUGCUUUCCUCCUGCUGCCCAUGUGCCAGUACCUGACCCGGCCCUGCUCCCCGCAGAACAAAAUCUCCUUCGGCUGCUGCGGACGCUUCACCCUGGCAGAGCUGCUCUCCUUCUCCUUGUCGGUCACCCUAGUGCUUAUCUGGGUGCUCACAGGACACUGGCUGCUCAUGGACGCUCUGGCCAUGGGGCUCUGCGUCGCCAUGAUCGCCUUCGUCCGCCUGCCCAGCCUCAAGGUGUCCUGCCUCCUGCUCUCGGGGCUGCUCAUCUACGACGUCUUCUGGGUCUUCUUCUCAGCCUACAUCUUCAACAGCAAUGUGAUGGUGAAGGUGGCCACGCAGCCGGCCGACAACCCCCUGGACGUUCUGUCCCGCAAGCUGCACCUGGGGCCCAGUGUGGGCCGGGACGUGCCCCGCCUCUCGCUGCCCGGCAAGCUGGUCUUCCCCAGUUCGACAGGGAGCCACUUCUCUAUGCUGGGCAUCGGGGACAUUGUCAUGCCAGGCCUGCUCCUCUGCUUCGUUCUGCGCUACGACAACUACAAGAAGCAGGCGGGCAGCGAUCCUCUGGGCCCCCCCAACAUGUCGGGUCGCAUGCAGCGCGUCUCCUACUUCCACUGCACACUCAUAGGAUAUUUCGUGGGCCUCCUGACUGCGACCGUGGCGUCCAGGAUCCACCGAGCCGCCCAGCCUGCGCUGCUGUACCUCGUGCCCUUCACCCUGCUGCCCCUGCUCACCAUGGCCUACCUGAAGGGGGACCUGCGCCGCAUGUGGUCGGAGCCCUUCCACACAAAGAGCAGCAACUCCCGCUUCCUGGAGGUAUGAUCCGGCGUCCAGGAUCUCUGGGAGUGCACAGAGGAGAGACGGACUGGGUGGGGCUCCCCCUGGGCCCCGCCCCUUCCCUGGGCAGGACGCCUCCCUGCACGUGGAUCUGACGACUGGAUGCCCCACCCCUCUUAAUCCACCCUGUGUCAUCAGUUUGGCGUGUGACUGUCACUUUGACUGGAAGUCAGUUUCUAAUCGGGGAGUUUUCAUCCUCAGACAUAAACCCCACCCUUCAUCCAAACAAAAACAAGUAAAUAUACAUUUUGUUUUUUGUUGGAGGCCAUUCGGACAGCCGUGUUGGACGUCAGUGGGACCGGCCGCAACUGGGGUGUUUUUAAUUUUGCUAUUCUUCUCUUCCCCAUUUAACCGCCGUGCUCCAGGCUGAGCUGACAGUGGGACCAUGGUGUGUGUGUGUGUGUGUGUGUGUGUGUGUGUGUGUGUGUGUGUGUGUGAGGGACCAGCAGAGGGAUUCAGGAGAGCAGAACUUCUACAACUUAAUUUCUGUAACAUUUCCAUGACACUCCUCCUGAGAUACUUUUCAUAAUUCCCUUUUAUUUAGUCGAUGUUGUUCCUGGAGCACAGGUGUGUGCUUGUGCUCGUAUGUGCAGUGAAGCAGCGUGCUGUGUGGGUGGCCCGCCCAAAUGCUUGUCCUUCCUGUGCGUCGUGGCCUCGGCUGCUCAAACAAGGACCGAAGGAUGUGGCGGGUCACGUGAUGCCCGUCUGCCUCGCACCCGGGACAGCAGCAGCACCACGGCACCCUUUCUUUCCGCAGCUCCUUUACAGCUUUGCAGCCGUUUUGCGGCAUGGAGACGUUGGAAAGAGAACCAGACCAGAAAAAAGUGUGUGCGUGUGUGGAGUGUGUGUGUGUGUGGGGGGGGGGGGGUGCCAAAUGGAGUGAGUGGUGACGCCAGUCAUCAGAAUUUGUCCCUGUCCAGGCGUGACCUGCCGGCCCACCGCCUGCCGCGUACGCCCCAGUCAUGGGCGGGUGUGUGCCGCUCGCCGUGUCUAAGCCUGGGUCAUAGCUUUGCGAAUGGAGCCCUUUGCACACUGGCUGUCAUGGCCUCCAGAAGUGGGUGGGGGAGGGGGAACAACAUAUGGACUCUCACUGCAGUAGGCAUUGUAAUGACAAAAUAAAGAUAUGGAUUUUUUUUUUUAAAUGAUUUUUUUUUUUUUUAAAGAAAAAAACUCUUAUUUGUAUUGUGUUCUCACUUUGUCUUUGUGCUAUAGUUUAGGCUUUUCGUUACACUCCGUCCCAUCCUCACAACAGAGGGCACCAGCUCUGGAACAUCGCCAUUAUUUCAAUGGACUCUGUUUAAUUAACGCGGAAUAAAAAAAAAAAAUUGAGAAUAUGUGCGGCAUGGAUCCCGGUCACGUGACCCUAAAGGCGUCGUCUGAUAGGGCGAAGGAUUGGCUGUAAAUAAAGACUCUAACUGUA